AUGGCAGCGGGUGUAGCAGCUUGGUUGCCUUUUGCUCGGGCGGCAGCUAUAGGAUGGAUGCCAGUGGCCACAAACCCAAUGCCGAAUGCUCCCCGACAGGAGAGGAAACGAAGUCAGGACUCCCUAAUCAUACUGAAUGUGAGUGGCACCCAGUUCCAGACCUGGUUGGACACUCUGGAACGCUAUCCUGAUACGCUGCUGGGCAGCUCAGAGCGGGAUUUCUUCUAUCACCCAGAGACACAGCAAUACUUCUUUGAUCGGGACCCUGACAUCUUCCGACACAUCCUCAAUUUUUAUCGAACAGGAAAACUACACUACCCCCGUCAAGAAUGCAUCUCUGCUUAUGAUGAGGAGCUGGCCUUCUUUGGUAUUAUCCCUGAGAUCAUUGGCGAUUGCUGCUACGAGGAAUACAAGGAUCGACGACGGGAAAACGCUGAACGUCUUCAGGAUGAUGCCGAUCAGGAUACCGCUGAUGAAUGCAAACUGCCUUCCAUGACAACCCGAGAAAGGAUGUGGCGGGCCUUUGAAAAUCCCCACACUAGCACACUGGCUCUGGUCUUUUACUAUGUCACAGGCUUCUUCAUUGCUGUUUCUGUCAUCGCAAACGUGGUGGAGACAGUGCCCUGUGGGGUAAGUCCUGGUGCCAUCAAGGAGCUGUCCUGUGGAGAGCGCUAUGAUGUGGCUUUCUUCUGCCUGGAUACGGCCUGUGUCAUGAUCUUCACAGUUGAGUAUUUGUUACGUCUGGCGGCUGCUCCCAGCCGCUAUAAGUUCAUGCGUAGUGUCAUGAGCAUCAUUGAUGUUGUGGCCAUUAUGCCCUAUUACAUUGCCCUUGUGAUGACCAACAAUGAGGAUGUCAGUGGGGCCUUUGUAACACUGCGUGUCUUCCGGGUCUUCCGGAUCUUUAAGUUUUCCCGCCACUCACAGGGUUUGCGCAUCCUGGGCUACACUCUGAAAAGCUGUGCAUCAGAGCUUGGCUUCCUCCUCUUUUCUCUCACUAUGGCCAUCAUUAUCUUUGCUACGGUCAUGUUCUAUGCUGAGAAGGGUUCAUCAGCCACCAAGUUCACCAGCAUCCCUGCCGCUUUCUGGUACACUAUUGUCACUAUGACCACCCUGGGGUAUGGUGAUAUGGUGCCGAAGACAAUAGCUGGGAAAAUAUUUGGCUCAAUUUGUUCCCUGAGUGGGGUCUUAGUCAUAGCUCUUCCAGUUCCAGUCAUUGUCUCCAACUUCAGUCGCAUCUACCACCAGAAUCAACGAGCAGAUAAGCGCAAGGCACAAAAGAAAGCCAGACUUGCUAGGAUCCAUGCGGCAAAGAGUGGGAGUGCCAAUGCUUACAUGCAGAGCAAACGAAACGGCUUACUCAGUAACCAGCUGCAGCAGUUAAGUGGUGAAGAACAAGAGGCCUUUGUUAGCAAAGCUGGUUCUUCCUUUGAAAUCCAGCACCACCACCUGCUUCACUGUCUGGAAAAAACCACGAAUCACGAGUUUGUGGAUGAACAAACCUACGAGGAAAGCUGCAUGGAGGUUUCUACUGUUAACAGGCAGUCUGGCCACAGCCCUUCUCUUUCUUCUCAACAAGGAGUGACAAGUUCUUGCUGCUCACGGCGACAUAAAAAGACAUUCCGCAUCCCAAACACCAACAUCACCGGCAGCCGUCCAAGUAGUGUCCAAGAACUCAGUACCAUUCAAAUCAGAUGCAUGGAAAGGACACCUCUAUCUAACAGCCGAUCCAGUUUAAAUGCCAAAAUGGAAGAGUGUGUUAAACUAAACUGUGAGCAGCCUUAUGUAACCACAGCAAUAAUCAGCAUUCCAACGCCACCUGCGACUACACCCGCGGGAGAUGACAGGCCAGAAUCCCCAGGGUAUUCAGGAGGAAACAUUGUCAGAGUAUCUGCUUUAUAA